CAAGAAUUUAUUUAAAAAAAAAAAAAAACCAUAGCUCCAUUGCCCAAUACGACAUUUUGUGAUUUGACAUUGUGAAUGAGUGAACCUACGUCCGUCAGAAGGAGAAAAUUGUUGUAGGCCAUUGCUGGAUCAGGUCAGGCUGAUCAGCUAGUCACAAAUCGAAAAACAGGAGAAACUAGAAAAAUGAAGAGGUUUGAUGAGAUCUGUGUGGUGGGUUUUGCAGGGUUGACCACCUUAUUAUUAAUAACAUCACCGGUUGCAGCAGACGAUGUUGUGGUUCUAACCGAGGAUAACUUCGAGAAUGAGGUUGGCCAAGAUAGAGGAGCGCUCGUAGAGUUCUAUGCUCCCUGGUGUGGGCACUGUAAGAAGCUUGCUCCAGAGUAUGAGAAGCUGGGGUCGAGCUUUAAGAAGUCAAAGUCCGUUUUGGUUGGAAAGGUAGAUUGUGAUGAGCAUAAGAGCUUGUGCAGCAAAUAUGGAGUUUCUGGAUACCCAACAAUCCAAUGGUUUCCUAAAGGAUCAUUGGAACCCAAAAAGUAUGAGGGACCUCGUACUGCCGAAUCCCUAGCUGAGUUUGUAAAUACUGAAGGAGGGACCAAUGUGAAAGUAGCUACAGUUCCAUCCAAUGUAGUGCAGCUACACGGUGACAAUUUUAAUGAAGUUGUCUUGGAUGAAACCAAAGAUGUUCUAGUUGAGUUUUAUGCACCAUGGUGUGGCCAUUGCAAAAACCUUGCUCCUACAUAUGAAAAAGUAGCUACCGCAUUUAAAUCACAGGAGGAUGUAGUGAUUGCUAAUUUAGAUGCUGAUAAAUACAGGGAUCUAGCUGAAGGAUAUGAUUUAAGUGGGUUUCCAACAUUAAAAUUCUUCCCGAAAAACAACAAAGCUGGUGAAGAGUAUGAAGGUGGUAGGGAUUUAGAAGACUUUGUGAACUUCAUCAAUGAAAAGUGUGGCACCAAUCGUGACGGAAAAGGACAGCUUACAUCAGAAGCUGGUAUUGUUGCAAGUUUGGAUUCCUUGGUGAAGGAGUUCGUUGCUGCCAGUGAUGAUAACAAGAAGGUUGUCUUUCCUCGGAUAGAAGAAGAAGUUGAAAAGCUAGAGGGUUCGACUUCAAGCUAUGGAAAGGUCUACUUGAAGGCUGCCAAGAACUGUAUGGAGAAAGGUCCUCAUUAUGCCAAGAACGAAAUUGAUCGGCUACAGCGCAUGCUUGAUAAGGCAAUCAGCCCAGCUAAAGCUGAUGAGUUCACUUUGAAGAAGAAUAUCCUGACACUGUUCGCAUGAACUUCAAACGUCUAUCUAUUCCAUAGAGUUUAGUAUGAUAGGAUUGACUGAUCAUUUACUUUUGAGGGGAUGAUUUUUCUUCCCCUUGUCCCCCAUAUUAUGUUUGAAUUUAUCUGAGUUGGGCCAUUGGGGUUUGUUAUAUUUGUAAACAAUUUUAUCAAAAUUAAUGAAAAUUGCGUGUUUAGGAAUA